AUGAAUAAGCUUUGUAUUCAAAUUGUUUUAUUUCUUUUAACCAUCUCCCUAUAUGUGAAUAAUAAAACCCUUGCAACUGAACCUGCUCCAAUAAAAUAUGUAGCAUUCAAACCAAGAAAAUGUUACCUUACUUCAGAAGAAAUAUAUGAAAAAAAUAAGCACUUAUUAUGUACUGAUCCAGAAGAAACUGUAAAGGCAGAUGAAGUUAUGAACGAAGCUGUGAAACAUUUAGAGCAUCAUUCUGCAAAUAUAGAUGAUUAUAAAUUUUGGGUAGUAAAUCCUUAUUAUAGAACAUUUUUUUAUAAAAAAAAAGAUAAAAACCUUACAGAUGUUCUAAAAGUUAAAUUUAAAAUUGAUGAUUCCGAUAAGUAUAAUGAAAUAAUAAACAUGUUAUGGGAUCCCGAUCGCCACAUUUUUUCCAAUAGUGACUUUGUUAAAAUUGUCCGUGUGUACAAUCCAAAUUUAGUAAUGAUACAACAACGUUACAAAAAAAAAUUUGGACGCCUUCAGAGAUAUUUUUAUGCUUUAGCUACAAAGGUUGAACUAUCAGAAAACAAAACUAUAGUAGUCAUGGCUUCAGCAAAUAUAAAUGACCACAACCUUUCUAUUGAAGUAUAUCAAAACACAAUAAUAAAAAGCGCAAAUUUAUUCAAAACUGACAUUGAUUCUGAAGAUGAUAUUAGAAAAGGAGAAUUAAAAAAAACGUUUAUUAACAUAGCUGGAUAUCUCAUUGAAAAAAAAGACGGCUAUUCUGAUAUCACCUACAUAGAAUCUUUUAAUCGGCAUGCUUUCAUUCCCCUAAAACGCAUGCUUAGAAAAGCUUUAUGUUGUUUUCUCCCUCAUAAAUAA